CCAUUAAAACUCCAACACUAUAAAAGAGAAAGAGAGAGAACCGAAGGGAGUUUUUUUUCUUUUCUCUCUUUUAUUGUACUCUUUCUCUCCUCUCUCUCCAACUUUUUGGCGGCUCCCUGGAUUUCGAAGCUCCAGCUCCUCAACGAAACCCUAGUUUCUUCGGGAGUACUUGUUUAUACACCUAUACAUACAUCUGUAUACGCGAGAGUGAAGUUUCUUCUUGAAAUUGAAUUUAGAACUGAUUCUUUGGAGAAGGCGGCAAUGGAGGCUUCUGUGGAGAAAAAGGGUCACAAAAAGCAAGAGUUUACUUUGGCCUCAGUCUCUGAGCUCGCUUCUUCUUCUUCCUCUGCUCUGUCUUCUUCGCCUAUUGUUGCUCGGUUCAGCGCCGAUGGUGGAAUCCCCGAGCUACGGUUUUAUCAAGAGUCUCAAUCUGUUGCUGUUGUCAAUGUUGAUCUUCGAGUGGCUCAGCUAUUCAAGUUGGGCCCUUUGACCUCUGUUUGUGUAUCCGAAGCGUCUGAUACGAGCAAAGAGGAGUACUCGAGGGGGGUGACUAUCCAGUUUAGAAAUGAGGCUGAGAACAGCGCCUUCCAUUGUGCAUUUGAGCAACUGAAGGAGGACUUUAUUAGUCAAGGAGGACGAUUACCAAAUGGAGCAAUAUCAGUUUCUAAAAGCAAGUUUGAUGAUAAAAUAGAACCAUCUUCUGCUAAAAUGUAUUUCCAUUAUUAUGGACAACUGCUUCAUCAGCAAAACAUGUUACAAGAUUAUGUUAGGACAGGAACGUAUUAUGCUGCUGUCAUUGAAAACCGUAGUGAUUUUUAUGGUCGUGUGGUGGUUGAUGUUGGUGCUGGUAGUGGUAUCUUAUCACUCUUUGCUGCUCAGGCUGGUGCAAAACAUGUUUAUGCUGUGGAGGCUUCUGAAAUGGCAGAAUAUGCGAGGAAACUAAUUGCUGGGAAUCCAGCUUUGAGCCAACGAAUAACGGUGAUCAAAGGAAAAGUCGAGGAGGUUGAAUUACCGGAGAAAGCAGACAUUCUCAUCUCAGAGCCAAUGGGAACCUUAUUAGUUAAUGAAAGAAUGCUGGAGUCCUAUGUGAUUGCAAGAGAUCGGUUUCUUCAGCCAUCUGGAAAAAUGUUUCCUACAGUUGGAAGGAUACACAUGGCACCUUUCAGUGAUGAAUAUUUAUUCGUUGAAAUUGCAAAUAAGGCACUCUUCUGGCAGCAAGAGAAUUAUUAUGGUGUGAAUUUAACAGCCUUGCAUGGAUCAGCAUUCCAAGGAUAUUUUUCACAGCCUGUAGUCGAUGCUUUUGAUCCAAGAUUGUUGGUAGCUCCUUCAAUAUCUCAUUUGAUAGACUUUACUAAAGUUAAGGAAGAGGACUUGUAUGAAAUUGACAUACCAUUGCGAUUCAUAGCCUCUGUGGGUGCUAGAGUGCAUGGACUCGCAUGCUGGUUUGAUGUCUUGUUUAAUGGAAGUACUGUUCAAAGGUGGCUUUCCACAGCCCCUGGCGCACCAACAACACACUGGUACCAAUUACGCUGUGUUCUUUCGCAGCCACUUUAUGUCAUGGCUGGACAAGAAAUUACAGGACAACUCCGAAUGGUUGCUCACAAUGCUCAAAGUUACACAAUAUAUUUGACGUUGUCAGCGAAAAUGUGGGGCCCCGGUGCCGAUCAAGGAGGGGUAAUUCAAACAUCAUCUUGCAAACUAGAUUUGAAAGAACCAUACUACAGAAUGUCCCAACCACAAGCUUACACAUUGGCUCAAGAUCAGCAACCGCAUCAGCUUAUACAAACACAGCUCUCUCAACAUUUAGCUCUCAACCUUAACUCUUCAAUGUCAUCGCAGACUACCAUUUUCGUCGACUGCAUCAUAGUCGAAAGACGAAAGCAAAGCCACUCAAGAACACAUCAUUGAUCUCUCUAUCUCCUCGAAUACUAUUCACCAGGUAAGUAAGACUACCAUUUCUCAUAUAGUUCCAUAUUCUAGAGUUGUUUUUUGCUUUUGUGAUUUUUCCUCUGUUACUUUUUUUUUUAUUUUAACUUACGGUAUAUGUGUUUUAUACAACAUAAUUGAUGGUAUAUGUGUUGUUAUUUUUAAUUUGAUUUGUUUUUUUGCAUUUUUUUUAUUGAUUUUUUGUUCCAUUCUAACUUUGCAUGCUCAAAUUGAUACUGUUAGGUUUUAGUUUGUUAAAUGAACUGGUUUGGAAAAUGAAUAUCUAAAAGUUUGAUUCAUAAAGUUAUUGAAUGAAUGAUAGUUAUUUUUGGGGUCUUCAUUUGCGUAAGGUGCUCUCAAGUAUACUUAAUUUAUACUCUUCUUGCUUUUCUCUUUGGUUUGAUUUACAUGACAUUGUUUGUAUUUUACUAGUUUUGUUUUUUGUAUUUACUUAUGACAUAUGUGUUUUAUACACGAGUAUAAGAAAAUAGAAUAUAUUACACUUGUAGAUCAAUGGAAUAAAAAGAAGCUUCAGUUUCUAGUAAAGUUAGGAGUUAUAGAAUUGAUAAAAACAAAAUUAGGUGCAAGACUGAUGAGUAUUUUUAAGAAAGGCUCUCUAGGACAUUUGUUAGACUUAAAUAUUACACCCAUGAAUGCACUAGUACACCAUAUGGUGCUUAGGACUCUAGAGAGUGGGGAUGAUAAAUUAAAAUACAUGGUGAAUGACCAUGUAUACAGUUUUGGUUUGAAGUAGUUUAGUAUUGUCAUGGGAUUGAAAACAAAAAUCGAUUCUUCUAUAGAAAGUACAACAUUCAAGCAGAGUUCUAUUUGGACAAAGUUAUUUCCUGAAAAUAAAUCGGUCAUGAAAAAACAAUUGGAAGAGACUUUUAUAAAUUAUGAUGGAUGUGAUGAAGAUUUAUUGUUAAAGCUUGCUAGGUUACAUUUAGUUGAAAAUUUUCUUCUUGGGAGCCAAUUAGUAAAAGUUAUUGAAAAAAACACAUAGAUAUGGUGGAUAAUUAUUUUGUUUGUGAUGAUUAUCAUUGGGGGAGACUAUCAUUUGAUCUCACAUUUAAAGGGCUCAAAAAGGCACUACGUAGGAUGAGUGAUGGGGGAAUUAUCCUGUUGAUGGAUGUGUUGUUGCCUUGCAAAUUUUAGCAUUUGAGACCAUAGGAACUACCCACAUCUAUGCGAACAAAAUAGGAGAUCAAAUCCCUAGAAUAACAAAUUGGCCCUACACUGAGCAACUGGCUUUUGAGAACAUUUCCACCAAAGUGUUUCAGGCUCCCAAUGUAAGUAAUCUAAACUUAAUACUCUUAUGAUGUUUCAAAUAAAUGUGUAUAUGUAGUGGAUUACGCUAUUUUGUUUGGGUAUAUAAAACUUCAAUUUUGGUAUAUACUUCAGUCUACUAUAUUGUGUGACUAAUUGAAAUAUAAUUUGUCAUUUUCAGGUUUCUUUAUUUCAAAUCAUACCAACUGAUAAAGAGACGAGGAAAAGCUACAUGGUUGAAUUUAGAGAUGUUGAAUUCAAUGAGGAAAUUCAAGAAGAAGUUGGACAAAGCUCGAGAAGAUUCUCAUUUUGCUUAAGAAGCUCUCUGAUGUCAAACUUGUACUCAGCUUUAGAAGAUUGUCCGACUUCUUUAAUUUCCUCAUUGAAUUCAGCAUCUCUGAAUUCAACCAUGUAGCUUUUCCUCAUUGCUUUAUCAGUUGGUAUGAUUUGAAAUAAAGAAACUUAAAAAUGACAAAUUAUAUUUCAAUUAGUCACACAAUAUAGUAGACUGAAGUAUAUACCAAAGUUGAAGUUUUAUAUACCAAAACAAAAAUAGCAUAAUCUACUAUAUAUACACAUUUAUUUGAAACAUCAUAAGAGUAUUAAGUUUGGAUUACUUGCAUUGGGAGCCUGAAACACUUUGGUAGAAAUGUUCUCAAAAGUCAGUUGCUCAGUAGAUGACCAAUUUGUUAUUCUAGGGAUUUGAUCUCCUAUUUUGUUCGCAUAGAUGUGGGUAGUUCAUAUGAUCUCAGAUGCAAAAAUUUGCAAGGCAACCACACAUCUAUCUAAAGGAUAAUUCGCCUAUCACUCGUCCUACUUGGUGCCUUUUUGAGCCCUUUAAAGGUGAGAUCAAAGGAUAGUCUCCCCCAAUGAUAAUCAUUACAAACAAAAUAAUUAUCCAUCAUAUCUAUGUGUUUUUUUCAAUAACUUAUACUAAUUGGCUCCCAAAAAAAAAAAUUUCAACUAAAUAUAACCUAGCAAAGCUUCAACAACAAAUCUUCAUCAUAAUUUAUAAAAAUCUCUUCCAAAUGUUUUUUUAUGACCAAUUUAUUUUCAGGAAAUAACUUUGUCCAAAUAGAACUCCGCUCGAAUGUUAUGCUUUCUAUAGAAGGAUCGAUUUUUGUUUUCAAUACCAAACUACUUCAAACCAAAACUGUAUACAUGGCCAUUCACCAUGUAUUUCUAUUCAUCAUCUCCACUCUCUGGAGUCCUAAGCACCAUAUGGUGUACUAGUGCAUUCAUGGGUGUAAUCUUUAAGUCUAACAAAUGUGCUAGAGAGCCUUUCUUAAAAAUACUCAUUAGUCUUGGACCUAAUUUUAUUUUUAUCAAUUCUAUAACUCCUAACUUUCCUAGAAACUGAAGAGCUUUUUUUUAUUCCAUUGAUCUACAGGUGUAACAUAUUCCAUUUUCUUGUACUUAUGUAUAAAACACAUGUGUCAUAAGUAAAUACAAAAAACAAAGCCGGUAAGAUACAAACAAUGUCAUGUAAAUCAAACCAAAGAGAAAAGCAAGAAGAAUAUAAAAUAAGUAUACUUGAGAGCACCUAUGCAAAUGAAGACCUCAAAAAUAACUAUCAUUCAUUCAGUAACCUUAUGAAUCAAACUUUUAGAUAUUCAUUUUCCAAACCAAUUCAUUCAACAAACUAAAACCUAACCGGACCAAUUUAAGCAUGCAAAGUUAGAAUGGAGCAAAAAACAAAUCAAAUUAAAAGUAACAACACAUAUAUCAUACCAUAAGUUAAGCAUCAAUUAUGUUGCAUAAAACACAUAUCAUAAGUUAAAAAAAGUAACUAUAGAGGAAAAAUCAACUCUAGAAUAUGGAACUAUACGAGAAAUGGUAGUCUUACUUACUUGAUGAAUAGUAUUCGAGGAGAUAGAGAGAUCAAUGAUGUGUUCUUGAGUGGCUUUGCUUUUGUCUUUCAGCGAUAAUGGUGGUAGAUGAUGGAGUCGGCAAAAUGGUGGUUGGAGAUGACGGCAGUCGGCAAUGAAAGUGGAUUGAAGAGUUAGGUUUGAGAGAUGAAAGCUGAAACAUCAAAAGUGAAUGUCUUUUGAAUGGUAAGGCUAUUUUGGUAAUUUUCUUAUUCUAAAUGGUUCUAUUUGGCCAUUUUGCUAAAAUUUUCAAAUCAGGGACAUUUAUCUAAUUACUAAGUUUGGGGCUAUUAUUCUCCAAGCACCAAUAUAAAACGACUUAUCGCUCGUAUUUUAUGUAUAACAGCUUUGCAAUUAUUAUUUUUUAUCGAACGUUACUUUAUAAAUUUUGUAAGGAUAAAGAAACCAUACUUUCACAGCACAUUUA